AUGGCUUCCUAUGGGUCCCAUUCCCAGCGGCGUUUCGCCCAGCAAGACUCUCCUUCAACCGUCAAUCUUUUGUCUCCCCAAUCAUCAAGGUCCUCCCCUGGCGUGCAGGCCACGCUCGCUCAACCUCCCAGAUCUCUGCGCAGCGUGGCCAGUGAUGCAUCGCUCAACGAGUCUCGGUAUGGCUCGAACAAGCAUAGCUCCAUCCCUGCUUCUAUCUCUGACAAGUUUUCGUUGGCCCCCGACCCGUCAUCGUGGGGUGCAGACCUCUCGCUCGACCAUCCGGAGAUUGACGACGACCUCCACAACCCCGACCCAAGGCGGGACCGGAAACACGAUCAGGGUGGACACAUUUUCACCGCCCGGGGAGUCGUGAACUUAGGCUGUUUGGCAAUUUUGUUGACCGGUUUGGUCACGCUCUUCGCCGGAUACCCGCUCAUCAGCCAUUUUACAAAGCACAGGCCCUCUAAAAAUGGCGGGUUUAACAUCGGCGGUAUGAAUGCAUCGGGCCAAGUACCGUCCAUGCCUGGUAAUUUUGGCCUCGUCGACACCGAUACACCGAAAGAAGCGCUGUACAAGUCGGAUUACAUCAACAAUAAAAAAUGGCAGCUGGUGUUCAGUGACGAGUUCAACGUCGAUGGACGAUCUUUCUGGCCAGGAGACGAUCCGUACUGGGAGGCAGUCGACCUGCAUUAUUGGCAGACGAACAACAUGGAAUGGCUGGAUCCGACAGCCAUCACCACUUCAAAUGGUUCGUUGAAGAUCACCCUGUCUGCGAAGGAAAACCACAAUCUCAACUAUACGAGUGGGAUGAUGACCACCUGGAACAAGUUCUGCUUCACCGGCGGACUGGUCGAGGUCUCGGCUGUACUUCCCGGGAUCAACAACAUUGUCGGCUUCUGGCCUGCAGUCUGGACAAUGGGUAACCUCGGCCGUGCGGGCUAUGGAGCCAGUCUUGAGGGCAUGUGGCCGUAUACGUAUGACUACUGUGAUGUCGGUACGAUGCCGAACCAGACAAGAAACAGUCUCCCGCUUGCUGCUAUGGAAAACGGUGAUCCUACGAACGGUGAUAUCCUCUCGUACCUGCCUGGACAGCGUCUCUCGAGGUGCUCGUGCCCUGGGUCGUCUCAUCCUGGCCCCAUGCACGAGGAUGGUACAUUUGUCGGCCGCUCUGCGCCUGAAAUUGAUAUUUUCGAAGCUCAGAUCACUGGGGAUCCUUUAAGUGGACAGGUUUCGCAGUCCAGCCAGUGGGCUCCGUUCAAUCACCAAUAUCUAUGGGACAAUACCACGGAGACCUACUCUAUCACGAACACAACCGCUACGUUCUUGAAUCCGUACCUAGGAGGUGCAUUCCAGCAGGCGACAUCUGGUGUCACCGAGAACAACCAGCAAGCUUAUGAGCUUACUGGGGCAGAGUACGCCGUUUAUGGAUAUCAGUAUCAGCCCGGGUUCGACGGUGCAUACAUCGCGUGGAUUGCAAAUAAUCAGGUGGCGUGGGUUCUGCAGCAGUCAGGAAUGGUUGCCGAUCCUAUAGUUGAGAUCAACCAGCGCCCAGUGCCUCAAGAGGCCAUGUAUAUCAUCGUCAACUUGGGUAUGUCGAAGAACUUCGGGACUGUUGACCUGGAGCAUCUGCCAUUCCCCGCUACAAUGAGUAUCGACUAUAUCCGUGUAUACCAGGAUCCGAGCAAGAUCAAUGUUGGCUGUGAUCCCAAGGACUUCCCCACCGCUGCAUAUAUUAACCAGUAUAUGGAGGCUUACACGAACCCGAAUCUGACGACAUGGCGGGGUGACUUUGGCCAACCCUUUCCGAACAACAGCUUCGCAGCGCCAUGCCCUUGA